GGAUAAGAGAAGCUGCGGCGGCUGUGGGGUUGCGCUCCGCCCUCUCCUCACCGCCGCGGCCGCCGCCGCCCCCGAGCCUCGCUGGGAGGGACCGGUGUCCCCGCCUGCUGCACUGGCAGUCGGAUCCUCCAGGCCGCCGCGGAGCAACCGGCACUGCGCUGCGGGGACCUCAGCAGGUGCCGUGACGAGGCGCCGUGCGGCGCUUCGAGUCCCGAGCCCGCGCUCCGCGGCCCCGCCGCCCGCGCUCCCGAGGGCCGGCCCCCGACGAGGCCGCCGGCGGCCGGGCACUCAGCAUGAACCGCGGCCACCGGCACGGGGCGAGCAGCGGCUGCCUGGGCACCAUGGAGGUGAAGAGCAAGUUUGGAGCUGAGUUUCGUCGGUUUUCACUGGAAAGAUCCAAGCCUGGAAAAUUUGAAGAGUUUUACGGACUGCUGCAGCAUGUUCACAAGAUCCCCAAUGUCGACGUGCUGGUGGGCUACGCAGAUAUCCACGGGGACCUGCUGCCCAUAAAUAAUGACGACAACUACCACAAGGCAGUUUCCACCGCCAACCCACUGCUCAGGAUUUUUAUACAGAAGAAGGAAGAAGCUGACUACAGUGCCUUUGGCACCGACACCCUAAUCAGGAAGAAGAACGUGCUGAGCAACGUGCUGCGUCCCGACAACCACCGGAAGAAGCCUCACAUCGUCAUCAGCAUGCCACAGGACUUUCGGCCCGUGUCAUCCAUCAUCGACGUGGACAUCCUCCCGGAGACCCACCGGAGGGUCCGUCUGUACAAGUAUGGCACAGAGAAGCCGCUGGGCUUCUACAUCCGGGAUGGCUCCAGCGUCCGGGUGACACCGCAUGGCUUGGAGAAAGUCCCUGGCAUCUUCAUAUCUCGGCUUGUCCCCGGGGGUCUGGCCCAGAGCACGGGCCUGCUAGCUGUCAAUGAUGAGGUGUUAGAAGUCAAUGGUAUAGAAGUGUCAGGGAAGAGCCUGGACCAGGUGACUGACAUGAUGAUAGCCAACAGCCGCAACCUCAUCAUCACCGUGCGCCCGGCUAACCAGAGGAACAACGUGGUGCGCAACAGUCGGACUUCUGGCAGCUCCAGCCAGUCCACUGACAACAGCCUCCUGGGCUUCCCACAGCAGGUGGAGGCUAGCUUCGAGCCUGAAGACCAGGACAGUGACGAGGACGACAUCAUCAUUGAAGACAGUGGCGAGCCGCAGCAGAUCCCGAAGGCCACCCCCGCCCAGAGCCUGGAGUCCCUGACGCAGAUCGAGCUCAGCUUUGAGUCGGGACAGAACGGGUUCUCCCUUUCUCAGGACACGAGCCUGGUGCCUGUGCCCAGCAGCCUGGACACAGAGCUGGAAAGCCGGGCUCCGGGCCAGAAACUCUUAGAGGAAGAUGGGACAAUCAUAACGUUGUGAACCACCAGAUUGUUUUCUGUUUGAGGGUGUGAGGAACGGUGUGGGUGUGCACACAUGACUGAUGCUGUGGACCUGCGGGCCGUGAUGUUCCAAGCCUCAAGUGGGGCUGGGCUGGGCUGUCUGUCUGCUGAGGCAGGCUGCUGUGACACAGAGCAGGUGCUGCCGCUCUGACACUGAGACCUGCCUGAGCCGGGCUGCGGUGGCUGGUGUCCACCUGCCUGCAGAGCCCGCUCUCUGCCCUCUGUGAAGUCUGGUCAUCGGUUAGCCACUGGGGACCUCGGUUCUAGUCCCAGCUUCCAUGUUUUCUGACUUUAAAGUGUUCCUCUGUUAACUGUGACAAAUUAUUUUUUCAUGUGCAGUUUUUGCUCUGUCUUCCCAUUUUCUAAGACUUUAGCUGGCCAUGUCUAGGGGCCUCUCCCGGGCCCUGGAGCGACACCUGUUGUCCUCACCCUGGAACUUUACAGUUUCGGGGUGCCGUAGUCCUUCAUCCCAGUCCAGUCCACUGGAGAUUAUUUUGUGCGUGCUGUGUGUGUGUGUGUGUGUGCGUGUGCGCGUGCGCACGUGCGUGUGUGUUUGUGGGUGGGUGAUGCAGCAUAGUUAGUUGACUCCCACACUCUUCAGUGUACCAGACAGUGUGGAUCAUGGGAUAAAAAGGCCCCCCAGGUUAAGAGACUUACACACAAUACAGAUGUGCACUUUUUAUUCAGAAGAUGGAGUUUUCUUCCUGGGGAUUCUAGGGUGCUGCCCACAUUUGGGGAAACCCGUGUCAAGUUCACCACUCGAGGGGCUGGUGAUUAUUUGAGUCUAUUUAUUCUCUCCCGUGCGUCCAUUCGGAUGAGGGAACCGAAGUUGUCUUCCCUUACCUGACUUCCUCUUGUUGCAUGCACAGUCAGCGAGACCCACGUGAGUGGCUCAGACUUCCCUGAGGCCCGAGGUCCUGAGGGGGACAGUUAUUUAUUUCGUAACCCUGUGGUGGCCAAGUGUGGAUGCCUCAUAGCUGUGUACUGACUCCGCGUUGAAGGACUUUUUCCUCCUGUAGUAAGAGCCGGCAGAAAUGACGUCUUGAUCCAAUGAAGGGCACCGGCCUCCAUCGCUACUGAGCGAGUUACCCAUAGGCACCUGGCUGAGGCUGGGUGCAGUGAGCCUGUGACUGUUGAAUUCCCUGCAUUCCUCCUCUCACACGGCACUGCUGGCUAGCAGCGCUCCCCCUCUGACACUGCGCGCCCUGCAGUGGAAGGCAGCCAUAGGCUCAGUUGCAUACGUGACUUGGGGUGCAUGGGCUCAAUGUUGUAAGUAAAGAUAUUUCACAUACUACCUCUCUUCUCUCUUUCUCUCUCUCUUUUUUUAACAGAGUUUUAACAUAGAACUUUUCUCUUGGGGAAGAAAUAUUUCAGGGCUUGACUUUUGUACAAAUUUUAACUGAAAAACAGAUUUCUCUUCUGUCUGAAAACGGAGAUGAGAGCUGCUGACGCUGAUUUUAAUUUAAAAGACAAGAGUGUUAGCAAUGAGGUCGUACCAAUGAAGUCAGUGGUCAGUAGACUUUCUGUGAGGCCAGCGAGUCUUGGCUAUGGAGGUCCCGUCCCGUCGGCUCAGUUCUUGAGACACCUCAGAACAGGAGCGUGUCGGCAGCUUAGCGUACAGUUCUGUUGUCUGAAUGUCGAGCCUCACUGUGAAUUCUGUUCUGUCCUAAGUCCGUCAUGUCAACCAGAUGCCGUGCUGUUGUGAACCAUGAAUUUUCUAAUUAAAUUUUACAUGCUAUAACAUGAUUUUUACAUGAAUGAUACUUUGUUUAAACUAUUAAAUGUCAGUAUUUUACUACAAUUUUAUUAUAAAAUGUACAUUAUCACUAAAUGAACUUUGAUUUUAAAAAUCAAGUUAGCUUUAGUUACAUAUUAUUUUUUACAAAUAAAAACGGACUUGUAUAAAGGCUA